CGCGGGGCUACUCCAGCCUCAGGGGGGCGCCCGGGCAAUGCGGCCCUGAGGGGAGCGGGGACCCCGGCCCGGCGCCAUCUUCCCUCCGGCCGCCGCGAUGGCCAGCGCGUCGUACCACAUCUCCAGCCUGCUGGAGAAGAUGACCUCCACCGACAAGGACUUCAGGUUUAUGGCCACCAACGACCUGAUGAUGGAACUGCAGAAAGAUUCAAUAAAACUGGACGAAGACAGCGAGAAAAAAGUGGUGAAGAUGCUUUUGAAGUUGCUGGAGGACAAAAAUGGGGAAGUACAGAACAUCGCUGUCAAGUGUGUUCAUUCUAGAAAUGCAAUUGAAUGGGUCAGUUCACCACAGGGCUCCAGAAAGUCUGGGCCCGCUGGUUGGCAAGGUGAAGGAGUAUCAGGUGGAAACCAUUGUGGAUACGCUGUGCACAAACAUGUUGUCAGACAAGGAGCAGCUGCGGGAUAUCUCCAGCAUUGGACUGAAAACAGUCAUCUCUGAGCUGCCGCCAACUUCUACAGGCUCCACCAUGACAGCAAAUGUGUGCAAAAAGAUCACAGCCCAGCUGACAGGAGCCAUUGGCAAGCAGGAGGAUGUGUCCGUGCAGCUGGAGGCCCUUGACAUCCUGUCAGAUAUGCUGAGCAGACUAGGGGGAACACUCUACUCUUUCCAUUCCUCCAUCCUGAACUGCCUCCUGCCUCAGCUGACAAGCCCCAGGCUGGCAGUACGGAAAAGGGCCAUCAUUGCCUUGGGACAUCUUGUCUUGACCUGCAGCGGAAGCAUCUUCUCAGAGCUCACCGAGCAUUUGCUUGCUGAGCUGAAGAGGAAUGAGUCUACUUCUACUACGAGGACAUACAUUCAGUGUGUUGCUGGCAUCAGCAGGCAGGCUGGACAUCGCAUAGGAGAACAUCUGGAGAAGAUAAUUCCUCUGAUUGUUCAGUACUGUAAUGUGGAAGAUGACGAGCUGAGAGAAUAUUGCUUUCAGGCCUUUGAGUCUUUUGUGAGAAGGUGCCCGAAGGAAAUGGACCCUCACAUCCCUAAUGUGAUGGGGUUAUGUUUGAAGUACAUCACCUUUGACCCAAACUACAACUACGAUAAUGAGGAGGAGGAAGAGAUGACGGAAACUGAAAAUGGGGAGGAUGAAGAGCAAGAAAGUGAUGACGAGUACAGCGAUGACGAUGACAUCAGCUGGAAGGUCCGCAGGUCUGCAGCCAAGUGCCUGGAGGCCAUCGUCAGCAGCAGGCACGACCUCCUGCAGGACUUCUACAAAACCCUUUCCCCGGUCUUGAUAAGCAGAUUCAAAGAGAGGGAGGAGAAUGUCAAAGCUGAUAUCUUCAGUGCUUACAUCUCCUUGCUGAGGCAAACGCUGCCCAUCCAGAGCUGGCUGCAUGCAGCCGAUGCCUCUGGCAAAGAUGAUGUUCCUCUGAGGAUGCUUCAGAACCAGGUCCCCAACAUUGUCAAGGCCUUGCACAAGCAGCUCAAAGAAAAGAGCAUCAAAUCUCGACAGGGUUGUUUCAGCCUCCUGACGGAAUUGGCCAGUGUCCUUCCCGGUUGCCUAGCAGAUCACAUCCCUGCACUCAUCCCUGGAAUUGUUUUCUCCUUGGCCGAUAAAUCCAGCUCCUCCAACAUGAGGAUCGACACACUGUCCUUCCUUCACGUUCUUCUUUGCAACCAUCAGCCGGAGGUAUUCCAUCCUCAUAUCAAAAGCUUGCUACCUCCUGUUGUGACCUGUAUUGGAGACCCCUUUUAUAAGAUCACUUCCGAAGCCCUGCUGGUUACUCAGCAGCUUGUGAAAGUUAUCAGGCCAUUGGAUAAAUCCUGCACUUUUGAUGCCAAGCCUUACGUGAAGGACCUUUUUCCUGGUACUCUGAAGCGGCUGAAGGCAGCUGACAUUGACCAGGAGGUGAAGGAGCGUGCCAUCUCCUGCAUGGGACAGAUUAUUUACAAUCUAGGAGACCAUUUAAGCACUGAUCUCCAGCCAACCUUGAAGGUAUUUCUCGAGAGGCUCAAAAAUGAAAUCACCAGAUUGACAACAGUCAAGGCAUUAACCUUAAUUGCUAGUUCUCCACUUAAGAUAGAUUUGAGACCCAUCCUAGGAGAAGGUUUCCCCAUUCUAGCUUCCUUCUUGAGAAAGAAUCAACGUGCCUUGAAGCUGAGUACCCUGACUGCCCUAGACAUCCUGGUGAAGAACUACAGUGACAGCCUCAAGCCUGCCAUGAUAGAGUCUGUCCUGACAGAGCUCCCUGCUUUAAUCACUGAGAACGACAUGCAUGUUUCCCAGGUGGCUGUCAUGUUCCUUACUACUUUGGCACAGGUUUAUCCCUCCUGCAUCUCCAAGAUCAGCGGCUCAGUUCUUGCUGAAAUCCUGCAGCUCAUCCAUUCGCCUUUGCUUCAGGGAGGGGCUCUGAACGCCAUUAUAGACUUCUUCCAUGCUCUGGUGCUGACGAAGGCAGCCCCCAUGGGGUACGCGGAGCUGCUGAAGCAGCUGACUGCACCCAUUUACUGCUCCGGUGCACCUGCGGCUCCAACGUUACACAAACAGGCUUAUUAUUCUGUUGCGAAGUGUGUGGCAGCCCUGUCCUCAGCCUGCCCCAAGGAAGCCCCUGCAACAGUGAACCGGUUUAUCCAGGAUGUAAAGACCUCCAAGUCAAGCUCUGCUGUGAAGGUGCUGGCUUUCCUCUCGCUGGCAGAGAUGGGGCGCACCACCAACCUCAGUGCUCAGCGGGAGCUCAAAACUGUCAUCCUGGAAGCAUUCACGUCCAGCAGCGAAGAGGUGAAAUCCGCUGCUUCCUACGCGCUAGGGAACGUCAGCGUUGGGAAUCUUAAGGAGUAUCUUCCCUUCAUGCUGAAAGAGAUUGGGAGCCAGCCCAAGAGGCAGUACCUCCUGCUGCACUCUCUGAAAGAAGUGAUCAGUGCCUCCCCGGCCGACGGCCUCAAACCCUACGUGGAGGAUAUCUGGGCUCUGCUUUUCAAGCACUGUGAGUGCACAGAGGAGGGGACGCGCAAUGUGGUGGCCGAGUGCUUGGGGAAGCUGACUCUGGUGAAUCCCUCUGAGCUGCUGCCCAGGCUGAAACACCAGCUGCCAUCAGGCUCUCCCCAUGCCCGGAGCACAGUGGUGACUGCAGUCAAAUUCACAAUUGCAGACCAACCUCAGCCCAUCGAUGCUCUCCUGAAAGGCUGCAUAGGUGACUUCUUAAAAACCCUCCAGGACCCGGACUUGAACGUUCGACGCGUGGCUUUAGCCUUGUUUAAUUCUGCUGCUCACAACAAACCGUCUCUGAUCCGCGAUCUGCUCCCUGCCGUUCUCCCCAGCCUCUACAACGAAACGAAGGUCCGACGGGAGCUCAUCCGGGAGGUAGAAAUGGGGCCAUUCAAGCACAUGGUGGAUGAUGGCCUUGACGUGAGGAAAGCUGCUUUCGAAUGCAUGUACACGCUGCUGGAAAGCUGCCUCGACCGACUGGAUAUCUACGAGUACCUGAACCACGUGGAGGAUGGACUGAAGGAUCACUAUGACAUUCGGAUGCUGACUUUCAUCAUGCUGGCUCGGCUGUCCACGCUCUGCCCCAGCGCCGUGCUGCAGCGACUUGAGAGGCUGGUUGAGCCACUCCGGGCAACCUGCUCCACAAAGGUUAAAGCUGGUUCCGUGAAGCAGGAGUUUGAGAAGCAGGACGAACUGAAGCGAUCCGCCAUGAGAGCUGUGGCUGCUCUCCUGACCAUCCCUGAAGUAGAGAAAAGUCCAGUGAUGGCUGAGUUUUCAUCUCAGAUCAGAUCCAGUCCUGAAAUGGCAUCGCUCUUUGAGAGCAUUCAGAAGGAUUCUGCCUCCCUCUCCACCUCAGAGUCGAUGGACAUGAGCUAAGGUCUGCCCAUUUACUCCACCUUCCUGCCCUUCCUGUGCACUAACCCAACAGAUACCCUGAUGGGAUGAGGACGUUGAGGACAAGGAACACCAUAGAGCUGGGCUCUGCUGCAGCAGCCACUUUUAAGUCACUGGGCACUGAUAGGAGAAAAAGUCUGGUCCCUGCAGCACCAGACACCUCGCUGGCUGCAGGGAGACACAGGAGAGGAGGGAACUGAACCAUCCUUACACAGGGGAGGGCUGAGGAGAGGAGUAUCUUGUGUUUUUAAGGGGUGUACAAAGUAAUUGAAAUUAAGAAUGGUUCUGUGCAAAAU